AUGAACAAAGAUGCACUUCAUGAUGAUGACAAGAAAAAGAAGAAAAAGAAAGAUAAGAAAAAGAAGAAGAAGAAGGACAAGAAGAAGAAGAAAAAGGAUUCUUCUUCUUCUUCUGACUCCUGCAGCGAUUCUUCUAGUGAUGAUGAUAAGAAGAAAAAGAAGAAGAAGAAGAAAAAGGAUAAGAAGAAGAAGAAAAAGAAAGACAAGAAAAAGGACUCAGAUUCUUCUAGCAGUGAUGAUGACAAGAAGAAGAAGAAAAAGAAGAAGAAAGACAAGAAGAAGAAAAAGGACAAGAAGAAGGACUCGAGCUCAUCUAGCAGUUCUGGGGACAGUGACAAGGAAAAUAAAAAAGACAAGAAGGACAAGAAGAAGAGUUCAGGCUCAUCAGGGAGUGAAACUGACAAGAAGAAAAAGACCGAAAUCCCUGAUGGUGGGCAAAGUGGCGAGUCAAAAACGGAGAUGUCAGGUUCAGGUGGUGGUGAACUUUCAGCUCCCAGUGGCAGCAGCAGCUCUAAGCCAGGUGGUGCUACUGCUGGCUCUUUCACGACACUCCCGUCCAAACCUAUUGUGAAGCUUGAUCCUUCAGCUGUCUCCAAACCUUCUGUCUCCAGCUCCUCACAGAGCAUUGGAGAUAGGGCCCCCAUUCGCAGACCUCCCAGCCCCAUGGAGUCCCUCAUAGGAAGCCCAAGGAGAUACGGAGACGGAGGGACGCGCUCCACCACCCACCUCACCUCUACUGACCUACUAAAAGGUUCCAGGUUUUACCCGCAAUGAGAUGCCAUAGAUAGAAAAAUAAAAACAAAAUAGAUGUUCCUUUUAAAGAUGCACGAUGAUGAGAUAAGCUUUGAUGAUGCUAACUGUGCCCUGAUUUCAUGCACAAAAAAAUCUGGUGACUCAUCAUGCAAAAUAAAAGCAGUGCUUUUGGCGCGUUUUCUGGUGGAAUACACAGCUUACUGAGUAAAGAUGCAUUGAGACAUGAUGACAGUUCUCAAGUUGAGUAAGAUAAUUGUACCAAGGUAAAUAAUGAUUUCAAUUUUAAUUUCAGUUACUAAGAAAAAGCUCAUUGUGACAGAAAAUUCACUAUCACUUGAAAUUAUUCAAAAUGCUUUGCAGAAUAAAACAACAUAAUUGUAAUCA